AUGAGUACCACUCCUUCACCAAUUCAACUGGAGCGUUACCGGCUCGUGUUCGCCUUUCUAGAUGAACAUAAGGAGGGGGUACUCGAAGUGGAUAAUAGCCUUGGCCAUUUCAUCCGACUGGCUGGCUUUUGUCCCAGCGACGAACAGCUGCAAAAACUGAUAGAAAAACUGCAAAAUGAGAAAGUGAAUUAUUUUGAUUUUUCGAAGGCCGUUGAGGUCCUCUGUGAUGAACUACUUAUUGGGUGCAACUCGACGGUUAUGUUCGACGAAACGUUAGAUGCUCUGAAGCUUCUGGGUGAUGGAAAUGGCAUUUCAAACGAUGUGGUAUCUUUAUCGACGCUUCGCUCCGCCUUGAUAUCUUGUGGUGAUGAUGAUGAGCGCACUGCGAAGAAUUUCGACAGAAUGCUUCGUGAGACGGGCUACAAGGGAAAGGAGGAGGUGGACGCGUACGGAUUUGCUGAGAAACUACUCGGCCUUGUUGAAAUUGAAAAGUGA